CUGGCCAUCUCUGGAUUGUAGUUUAUGAUUCCAUGCCAUCAAGAAAAAUGUACUCAGCUGUCACGCUCUUUGUCUGUUUGUGUUUGACUGCCACCACUCUUGCAGACCACCAUGAGCCUUGCCAUUCACCCAGCAUGACAGGAUUCCUGACAGCGGUGAAUCUAAACAGAGGAAUAGCAGCAAUGGGUACAUACACUUAUGACUCUGUGGCCGAGAAACUGCGGUUCCGAACAAAUGAGACGGAAAUGUUUAACAAUUCACUGUCUUUGGAUGUCCUGAUGUUUUUUGAAGAGGGGGUAUUCUACAAAAUUGACAGCAAAAACCAGAGCUGCGAGAAGAAAUCUCUGCAGUCAGUCCAACAUCCCCUGGAAAUCCCCUCUGAUGCCAAGUUACUCUCUACGGUGACUCUAGGGAGUGUAGCCCUGGAAGGGGAAGGACUAAAGGCCAAAAUAUGGCAGGGGACACUGCCAGUAACAAAAACUGGAUAUACUAUUACUACAACCGUGGGAUGUUUGCCUAUAAGCGCUCUCUACACGUGUGAUUCGACAACACUCUUGUUCAGCAACUUGCAGGUUGAAACCGAGGUCAAGGAUCCGGAUCUCCUCACCCUGCCUUCUUUCUGUGAGGGGGAGCCUUUGGAGGAGACACCUGAAGGGACAGUAAACAGUUUCCUCAAUGAGUUCAUCUAGAAGAAACCCCGCUGACAGAGAAAAUCCUGCCCCUACCCAAGUGUGGCCAGCCAAACCUCUAGACACAUCUCUCCUUCUCAUUUGUGACAAUAUUUUGCAUGAUGCCUGCACUGCAUUAUAUUCUCAUAUUGUUUGAUCUUAAACUCCCCUAUUAAGAGAUGGCUUUGAAGGGAUCAAAUACAUACAUUUUCAUGUAAAUGAAGGACAUGGAUUAUAGAAUUAGUCAAACACUACUAACAACAGUUGGUGGCUUCUCAAGUUGGUACUGCUUACAAAACCUGUAAGAUGUGAUUAAUGGACCAAUAAAGUUUUAAAGCUGU